GGGCAGCGCGCCCGAGCCGCCCCUCCCGGCUGCUCGGGCCGUUCAGGCGGUGCGCGGGCAGCCCGUCGCGGGCGCUGAGGCGGCGCGCGGGGCGGCGAGAGGCCCCGCGGGGGGAGAGGCGGCACCGCCAUGUCGGUGAGCGACAUGUUCGCGGCGCUGCAGGGAGCGCUCGGCCAGGACCAGGACAUCCGAGAGGAGAUCCGGAAGGUGGUGCAGGCGCUGGAGCAGACGGCGCGGGAGAUCCUGACGCUGCUGCAGGGCGUGCACCAGGGGCCCGGCUUCCAGCACAUCCCAAAGAAAUGUCAGAAGGCUCGUGAGCACUUUAGUACAGUGAGGACACAGAUGGAGUCUCUGAAGACCAAAUUUCCUGCUGAUCAGUAUUACAGAUUUCAUGAGCACUGGAGGUUUGUGCUUCAGCGGUUGGUGUUUCUGGCAGCGUUCGUAGUCUACUUGGAGUCAGAAACAUUAGUGACUCGAGAAGCUGUUGCAGAAAUACUUGGGAUUGAAGCUGAUCGAGAGAGGGGCUUUCACCUGGACAUUGAAGACUAUCUUUCUGGUGUAUUAACUCUCGCCAGUGAGCUGGCCAGGCUGGCAGUGAACAGUGUCACAGCCGGUGACUAUUCCCGCCCUCUCCGCAUCUCAGCCUUUAUCAACGAGCUGGAUUCUGGUUUCCGUCUCCUCAACCUGAAGAACGACUCGAGGAAACGCUACGAUGGCCUGAAAUACGAUGUCAAGAAGAUCGAGGAAGUGGUUUAUGACUUGUCGAUCAGAGGACUCAAUAAGGAGGCCACAGUUGGUGCAGGCGGAGAGAAAUGAAGGAUGCUCAUUGGAACAGCAUCAUCGAUUACCUCAGAUGGUUGCCAAUUUAGGAAGUAUCUAGUGAAGCCUUCCUACAGUAGUUUAGAAGAACUGCAGCUCAAAGCUGCUCUCUAUUUUCUUACAAAAGGUGUGGUACAGGUGUUAGAUGUUUUGUAAAAUCAUGUCUAAAUUAGGGCAGGAGGCUCUCUGUUUCCAGUGGAAUUCCCCUGUCAGACACAUGGUGCUGUUCAGUGCACAGCAGCAGUAGUCAGUAACUCCCAUGAGCUGAUUCCCAUUAGUUCUGUAGUGUAGCUUCCCUGCUCCAGCAGUCAGGUGCUGUGGCUGUGGCUGCUCACACACCUUCAAAGAUGUGUGCACAGCACACACCUCAGUGCAGAUACACAGGAUGUUUUAAAAAACACAGUGUGUAAAUAUCUACUUUUUUUAAGACCUUUUUUUUUUUGCCUUUUUGUUUCUUAAAUUUUCACCUAGGUAAGUUGAACAGAUUUGCAUAACCAUUUACUAACCAGAUCUUUUUAAAUGGUUUCUGUUAAUGUAUCCCCCUUAAUUGAGAAAUUAGUGAAAAUAUUCCUGAGAAUUCCUCCAUUGGAACUGGUGUCUGGCACAUCUCUCUCUUUCUCUGUCACUUUUAUCUUUCCUCCAAGAUUUCAGUUACCAUGGAGAGCAAGGUUUUCUGAAAGGCCUGCUUUCUCUAGAUAUUUUUUUUACUGACAUGAGUAAAUGCUCAGUUUGAAUAUGAUCAUUUGCCUCAAGAACUCAGUCUAACCAAUUUUUUAAUGUUUUUUUUAACUUCCAAGAUUUCUGAAUAGAGAAGCAUCUGAGUUGUAACAACCUGUACAGGCCACAACUGUACCCUUGUCCUGAGAUUAAAAAAACCCCAAAACUAUAGUUUGUGUAGUAAAACGUUUGUAUCUUGAGAAAAGGGCAAAUUACUAGUUUCAGGUAAUUGCAUGUAAGGUGUUUGCAAACACCAACAGCCUCUUUCACCUGUCUAAGUGGAAAGACUCAUGGCUCCCAGUGUGCUUUUUCUCUUCUCCUGAAUGAGUUUUUCCAUUCUCCUACUUCUGGUGGUGCAGGAGGGUCAAGGAGAACAAAUAACUUCUGUAGGAGGAAUAAUACUUCCAGAGGAUGAACAUAAACAGUAAAGUUUAUGUGGGGUUUGUUAGUGUUUCAGUUUGUUAGCAAAGAUUUACCACGGUUUCAGUUAGGGGGGUUUAUUUGUUUAUUGGAAGAAAAUGGUUUCUUGGUUAUUUUGGCCAAUAAAAUGUUUUCUUUGAUUUUGGCCA